CUUGUUUUUGUUGGACACAAUCAGCGUUCUGAUUUUCAAUUCAGUCAUUACAAUCAAGUUUCACUUGACCCAACAUUCCAAAACAACAACUUAAUCAACCUAUUAGAGUAAUAUUUACUUCUUCGCGUCCUUCCUCAGUCCCAAACUCUUCCUCGCUAGAACAGUCUCCAAACAUUGUCCAAAUUCCAGUCGUCAAGAUCAAGAUGGUCUCCAAAAUCAUUUUCUCAUCCAUUCUCAGCCUCGCUCUGGCUCAAUCAACAACCAUCACCGUUCCAGGCAUUGGGUACGAUGAGACUUCCUUCUUAGCCUCAAUUGUCUCGGCCAACUCCGCAGCGACGACCAUCUUGCUUUCCUGUCCCGAGGGAGAAGACUGCGGUCUUUUCCCCCGUCAAACCCUGGUAUACGGCCCGUCGACCUACAAUAUGGACAUGUCCGAUCCCAGUACCGACUUCACCGCAACUCAAGAUUGUGUGAUAGCAGCCAGCAGCGCAAUUUGCAAGGAAACGGCGGGCGGCAGUGAAGCGAACUUCCCGGGCAGCAGUACAGAGACAUAUGAUGCGACUGACGUUGGAAGCAUGAUCCUGACAGUCACGAAGGGGGCUGAGAAGAUGACUGCGAGCGCGUCGGCAACACCGACGGGUAGCAAUAAAGUAGUCGCGGUUGCAAGUACGGGCAAUGGACCAAGCACGAGUGUUGCGCAGGCUACAGGCACGACGAGCGUGUCGAGAUCUGCAAGUGCCUCCGGAUCGGCAUCUACAGCCGCAGUUACUUCAACUGCAGCCGCUGCUGCGAAUUCUCUCGUCUUGGGAAGUGGCGUGGUUGGUGUUGUUGCUGGCUUAUUGGGUCUGUUCUUGUGAAAGAACAACGAUGACGACGUGGUAGCGGACUGUUCGACGAACCCUUGCUCGAAAAGUACUGGCUGGAGAUACUAUCAUGUAAUUUGCUUGACGUUACUAAUAAUCAAACAUCUAGAAACUCAGUUUCAAACUACAUGCUAUUUCAUGUUAUCUGCGUUGAUCAAAGAGCAUCAAGAUCUCUGAAAAACAGCGAUCGUGAGAUGUCCGUGUCAUGUGUUUGUGAGCAUGUUGAACACACCUUUUUCUCGUCACGUCGGUUUUUGUAGUAACAGAACCCCUGAGCAU